CGCCGUCGCGCGCGCGAAGAUGGCGGGGCUGGCCGAGGCGGCUCCGGGUAGCGGGAAUGGCGGUGGCGGGGCCGGACCUCACCGGGGCUCCCCGCCGGAACCCUUGCCACUACUGCUGCCAGAGGAAGACGGGCAGCCGCGACAGAGCAGUUUCGCCAGCGGCGGCGAUGGGCAAUCUCCACCCCAUACUGAAACGCUGGGCUUCUACGAGAGCGACCGAUACCGCAAGCAACAGCAGCGCCGCGCGCCCUCGGAUCUUUCUCUACUGAGGUUUAUCAAUGCAGAGCUAACAAGAGGUUACUUCCUUGAACACAAUGAAGCCAAGUACACAGAACGGAGAGAGAGAGUGUACACAUGCAUGCGAAUACCAAGAGAAUUGGAAAAGCUGAUGAUUUUUGGGAUCUUUUUGUGCCUGGAUGCUUUCCUUUAUGUAUUCACCCUGCUCCCAUUGCGAGUUUUUCUGGCAAUGUUCAGGUUCGUCACAUUGCCUUGUAGUAGUUUGCGUGAUAGACGCUUGCUGCAGCCAGCCCAGGUGUGUGAUAUUUUCAAAGGUGUAAUACUUGUAAUUUGCUACUUCAUGAUGCACUACGUUGACUAUUCCAUGAUGUACCAUCUGAUAAGAGGACAGUCUGUAAUUAAACUCUACAUCAUCUAUAAUAUGCUUGAGGUAGCUGAUCGUUUAUUUUCAUCUUUUGGACAAGAUAUCUUGGAUGCUCUCUAUUGGACUGCAACAGAACCAAAAGAAAGGAAAAGAGCACACAUAGGGGUCAUUCCCCAUUUCUUCAUGGCAUUUCAAAAAUUUAUAAAAGACUAACUGUUCAACUUGGUGGGUUCCAAUAUCAAAGAGAGAUUCACCAAUUAUGUGCUGUUACUGAUAGUUUGCCUAAGAAAUAUGGAACAAUUUUCAUGGAACCCAGAUCAUUUGUGGGUAUUGUUCCCUGAUGUCUGCAUGGUGAUUGCAUCAGAAGUUGCUGUUGAUAUUGUGAAACAUGCUUUCAUAACCAAAUUCAAUGACAUCACAGCUGAUGUUUACAGUGAAUACAAAGCCAGCCUUGCCUUUGACUUUGUUAGCAGUCGGCAGAAAAAUGCAUAUACAGAUUACAGUGACUCUGUAUCCAGGAGAAUGGGCUUUAUUCCACUCCCACUGGCUGUUUUACUUAUCAGAGUUGUUACAAGUUCUGUAAAAGUCCAAGGGGUCUUGUCCUAUUCCUGUGUAAUUCUUUUCUGUUGUGGUUUAAUAUCACUUAAGGUACUUAACAGCAUUGUAUUGCUGGGAAAGUCCUGCCAUUAUGUCAAAGAAGCAAACAUGGAGGAGAAGUUGUUCAACCCACCUCCUUCCAGCACCCCAGGAAAAUCUGGUGGCAAAGCACAGAGCAAGUACAAGUCUCCUCAAGGACUUUCCACUGAGGAAGGCUUCUCUGAUUCAGUGACCAGUCAGCCUGUGCAACCAAAGGAAAAUGUAGCCCCCCAACUGGUGACAAGCCCCUCUGACCAAUUUCUGACCACUCCUGACGGAGAUGAGAAAGACAUAUGCCAAGACAGCGCAGAAUCCAAAUCCACGAAGAAAGAUUUGUUGGAGAUAGACAGGUUUACCAUUUGUGGAAAUCGAAUUGACUAGCAGUCUGUGAGUGGGAGACUGAACAGUUGGAACAGAAAGGGCAGUCAGUGACAGACAGAUGCCAAAUAGGCAUACCAAUAUUUAUUUAAAACUUAAAUUAUCAACAACAAAUCUAUUGACAAGGGUGUAAGUUGGCUUGAAAAAUGGAUCAAGUGUCAGCUUUGUAACCUUGGUAUUUUGAAAAAUGAUUUUUUUAAAAGAAGAAACCAAUGACAGUUGGACAGAGCUGCAGUGUCGCUUUUCUGAAAAGUGACCUACCUUUAAAACCCUUUUCCUGUAUGAAUCUGUGCUUCCUUCACACUUCGUUUUGCCAGAGAAUUUGGAACAGAGAAUUUUGAAAAGUUCUUGAGAAGCACCUCUCUUCUUGCCAUUUUUUCCCCGAUUUACAGGAAAAUAAAUAAUCAGGAUAAACUUACCCCCAGGUGAUGGCUCAAAAUGCAUUUCAUCUAACUAAAAUGGACCAUCCUUUAAGAUUUUCUAUUAAUUGUUUUCAUCCUAAAUCUUAAACUUUUAAAUCGGAAAUUGAUCAUAACAAGGAAAGAGUUGAAAGUUUGAAGGAACAAGAAGUCAGGAGCUUAUCUUUGCUCUUCAGCAUUUUAAGUAUCAAGGUAGAAAUCAGUAGGCUUCAGUUCCAGCUGCCAGCCUAUUCACUGUGCAACUAUUUUCUUUGCAUUAUAUGUCAAACAACUGAAGAUUAUUUCUUUUUUUGCUUUGGCUGGAAAAGCUGCAUGUUGCCAAAAUGACAGACUGAAAUAGAUUUUCCUGAAAACCAGCUUUAUGAAACUAGCGUUUUGAAAUACGAAGCAGCUUCACUUGAUGCGUAUAGAGGAGUGCACAGAAGAUUAAGACAAGAAUUAUGGUUCUUUUUAGCUCCACAUAUUUAAGAGCAAAUUUAUACUCAAGGUGCUCCUUUCUUCUCUAUCCUCAAUGCCUAAGGAACACAAUGCAAUAUCAAGUGUCUUUUUUUUUUAAAUAAAAAGCAAAAUUGUGUGUGUUGAAUAAUAAGCAAAUCUUUGGCAACUUACUUCUUAGCUGUUGCAGAGUGGCCAAAACAAAUGUUUGAAGUCCAGAAUACAUUUAUUAUUUCCCCAAAGUUGAGAGGAUGAAUAUGUGGGAAUGGUAUCCUGACAAGCAGGUUCCAAGAAAGAAGGCAGUAUGGAUAGUCAAGUGUUUCUAAUAAUUUUCUCCUCAUGCUGCCAACCUCCUUUGACCAGCUUCUCAACUUAAGAGAACAUUUUGGGAGAAAUAUAAAGCUUGAAGUUGAAGUUUACAAGAUAUUAAUUUCAUAAACGUACUGCUUCUGACAAAUUUGAUUCAUUAAAAUUAAAUUCAGAACAUUUGUUACAUCUUGUAAUUUGAUUUUAUUUAAAUGUAGCUGAAAGGAAGCUUGGAAUGACCUUUUCCUUGUAAAACAAUUAUGUAUGGAUUUUAUAAUUGCAUCUUGUGUGUCAAAAUAAAAACUAAAUUUUGUA